AUGAAGAACCGUUUCAUCAGAGUGUUACAUCAGCAGUUCAAUACCGGCUCCUCUGCUGGCAUGUUGCUCUUCUGGCUGGGUGCCCUAUCAUCCACGAUCUGGAAGAACUCCGUCCUCGUUCGGGAAGUCCAUUUCUGGCUCUAUACCGUUAUCCUGGAGUUCGCGGAGCUGUUGUCCUUCUUGCUCAAGAAUUCCUUCAGCAUACUCGUCAUCUACAUCAUGGUGAGGAUCGCUACUAACGCCCUGGUCAAUCAUUGGAGGAUGUGGGAGAACAUGCAUCGUCUGGAAGAACUCUUCCAGGAGUUGGAGAAGGAGCUAAACAACGCGGAGAAGAAAUUGAAUGUCGACUCUUCGGAACCAAGAAACCAAGUCCCAACCGCUAAUGGAUGA